UUAUAACAUCUUCCUCUUCUUCCAAAAGUUAUUUUUUCUUAAACAUAUUAAAAUAAAAAAAGCCAUAUCAAAUGAUCUCCAAAAGCUGAUUAGCUCUCUUUAUCCCUCUCUUCUUCGUUUCCAGUUUUAUUCUCAAUUCUAAACUCUUGUUUUGAGCUCUAACCUAAACCCUAAUUCCUUGUUCAAGAUUAUCUUGAAAAAGAAGAGAAGCCAAUAGAUGCUUGAAGUUGGAGCAAUGGAAAUGACUCCCAAAUCUCCUGAACCCGAAUCCGAAACUCCAACCCGGAUCCAACCAGCCAAACCAAUCUCCUUCAGCAACGGAAUCAUCAAACGCCACCACCACCACCACCCAAUCACCGUCACCUACAAAGAAUGCCUCAAGAACCACGCGGCUGCGAUUGGCGGUCACGCGCUCGACGGUUGCGGCGAGUUCAUGCCUUCUCCUACCUCCACACCUUCCGAUCCAACUUCCCUCAAGUGUGCCGCCUGCGGUUGCCACCGUAACUUCCACCGCCGUGACCCUGACGACUCCUCACUCACUUCCGCCGUACCUCCACCGUCUCUCCCUCCGUCUUCCACCACCGCUGCCAUCGAGUACCAGCCUCACCACCGUCACCACCCUCCUCCACCAGCUCCUCAUCCUCUCCCUCGCAGCCCUACUUCCUCCUCUCCGCCACCUAUCUCCUCCUCUUACAUGCUCCUAGCUCUCUCCGGUAAUAACAAACCCGGAGGAAACAGCUUACCGUUCUCAGAUCUCAACUUCGCAGCAAACAAUCUCCCCUCUCACCACCACCACCAGAACCAUACUCCUGGCUCCCGGAAGCGGUUCAGGACGAAGUUCAGCCAGAACCAGAAAGACAAGAUGCACGAGUUCGCAGAUAAGAUCGGGUGGAAGAUUCAGAAACGUGACGAGGAAGAGGUGCGCGAGUUCUGCCGCGAGGUCGGUGUUGAUAAAGGCGUGCUCAAGGUCUGGAUGCACAAUAACAAAAACACCUUCAACAACCGCCGUGACCAGCCCUUCUCCGGCGACACCACCACCGUCCAGAGCAUCGACAACGUUGUCGUAGCCGUUAGCGAUAACAAGAAUAAUAAUAUUAAUAAUACUAACGCAGACAGCGUUGGCGUUCACGGUGGAAACGGUUUAGAACACCGCGGCGGUGACGGGAGGUUUGAGAGUGAUAGCGGCGGAGCUGCGGCUAAUGGAUCGUCGUCUACGUCGUGAAGGAGAGAGGGAACUGUUGUUGUUUUUGCAGGGAAAGAGGAAUAAAGAAGCUUAAGCUUUUGUUUAGCUUAGAUCAUAGAGUAAGCACUGCUAUUAUCAUCGUUAAUACGUUUAUUAUAAUUAAUUAAACUCGUUUUUUUAGAUCUUUUUCUUCUUUUUGUUUUUUUUACUACUAUUAGUUUGUUUUCCGACAUUACCAUGAACUUGUCUUAAGGAGGUAAUAAUAUAACACGUUCAGAUGUUCAUAUAAUCUUUC